AUGACCACUACAUCUAUCUCUCCUAUCCCCAAGGACCAGGUUAGUGCUAUUCGUGAGCUUAAUUGGAAAAAUGCAAUGUUAGAUGAAUAUAAUGCUCUUAUUGAUAAUCACACUUGGGACUUGGUUCCUCGGCCUCCUAAUGUGAAUGUUAUACGUCCUAUGUGGAUAUUUCGUCAUAAACGAAAUUCUGAUGGUUCUUUUGAGCGGUAUAAGGCUCGUCUUGUGGCUGAUGGGAAGACUCAUUGGAUGUCAAGAAUGCUUUUCUACAUGGCUCCUCGGGCCUGGUAUCAGCGGUUUGCAGAUUUUUUCACCUCUAUUGGAUUUGCUAACAGUAAAUCUGAUAAUUAUCUGUUUAUUUUUAGACAGGGAUCCGAUACUGCUUAUAUUCUGUUAUAUGUUGAUGAUAUCAUUCUUACAGCAUCCUCUGAUAGUCUACGGACUCGUAUUAUGGAUCUUUUGGGCUCCGAAUUUGCAAUGAAGGAUUUAGGUCCUUUGAGUUUCUUUUUGGGCAUUGUUGUCACUCGUGAAGUCGUGAUGCUAAUGGAAGGCAUGUCUAAUUGUAGUCCUUGUCCUACACCUGUUGACACGAAAUCUAAACUUAGUGCUUCUCAUGAUGAUCCAUAUGAGGAUCCUACUAAGUACAGGAGUCUUGCAGGAGCUUUUCAGUAUUUGACUUUUACCAGACCUGACAUUUCAUAUGCAGUUCAACAGGUGUGCCUUCACAUGCAUGAUCCGCGCAAUGCGCAUAUGGGAGCUCUGAAGCGUAUUAUACGCUAUUUGCAGGGCACUUUAUCUUUUGGUUUGCAUCUAUAUAAGUCUUCUAUUAACCAACUGCGGCAACCUACAUUAUCUAAAUCUAGUGCAAAGGCCGAAUAUCGUGGGGUUGCCAAUGUGGUAUCUGAUUCUUGUUGGAUCAGAAAUUUGUUGCUUGAGCUAUAUUUUCCUAUUCGAAAAGCAACUAUUGUUUAA